CUUCUCCCUCUCAAUCAGCAACAACAAGAAAGCAAUAGUCUUUCGAUACCACAAACGCUUUGUUUCUGUAUUUUUUUUUUUUAAUUUUUCCUUUUCUUGUUUCCGAUCGGAAAUGGAUUUUCACAGCCUCGCAAGGAAAGAGCUCCAAGCUCUCUGCAAGAAGAACAAGAUCCCUGCUAAUAUGACCAAUGUCGCCAUGGCUGAUGCUCUCAAAGCUCUUGAGAAGGUUGAAGGACUCGAUGAACUAAUCAAUGAUGCAACCAGAUCUGAUCCUCACGAAUCCCCAGAGAAAACUACUAAUGCAGAGCCUAGAACUGCAGGCAGAACCUCAACUAGGAGAAAGCCUAUUAAAGUUGAGCCUGAAAGUUCACAACCCCUGACUCGUACUCGGCGCGCAACAAGAAUAACAGUUGCUGAAGGGGCUGAACAAGAAAACAAGAAUGUGAAUUUACCAGAGACUCCAGCAAUGCCGGCUAGCCGGAGAAGGGCACCAGCUGCUUCAGCUCGCCAAAAAAUUGAUUCCCAAUUAAUGGAAAGUGUGGAAGAUGAGAAAAGUGAGGUAAUUGAGACUCCAGCAUUGAAGAGCUCCAGAAGAAAGGCCCCAGCAGUUUCAACUAAGAAGAAAAUUGAGCCCCUGAAGAGCGAACUGUCGGUUCAGAGAGUGUAUGGUACCAGGCAGUCAGUGAGAUUGUUGGAGAAAACCAUGGCAGGGUUGAGCUUGAAGGAGACAAGGAGAGUUGAGGCUGUGAAGAUUGAGGGGUUGGGUGAGGAAACUGAGGAAAUUGAACAGGAGAAGAAUGUGCCUGGAGGUGAUUCUGAAGUCAUUUCAUGCCAAGACAUAAAUGAGACACUUGGUGAGAGUGAAUUGAAGCAUGAAGUUCAAGAGGACAAGAGUAAUGGCCAUGAAGUGAAUGAGUCAGAGUCAGAAGUUCUUACAUGCCAAGACAUAAAUGAGACACUUGAUCAGAGUGAACUGAAGCAUGAAGUUCAAGAGGACAACAUGAGUAAUGGCCAUGAAGUGAAUGAGUCAGAGUCAGAAGUUCUUACAUGCCAAGACAUAAAUGAGACACUUGAUCAGAGUGAACUGAAGCAUGAAGUUCAAGAGGACAACAUGAGUAAUGGCCAUGAAGUGAAUGAGUCAGAGUCAGAAGUUCUUACAUGCCAAGACAUAAAUGAGACACUUGAUCAGAGUGAACUGAAGCAUGAAGUUCAAGAGGACAACAUGAGUAAUGGCCAUGAAGUGAAUGAGUCAGAGUCAGAAGUUCUUACAUGCCAAGACAUAAAUGAGAUACUUGGUGAGAGUGAACUGAAGCAUCAAGUUCAAGAGGACAACAAGAGUAAUGGCCGUGAAGUGAAUGAGCUAGAGUCAGAUGUUCUUUCAUGCCAAUAUUUGGAUGAAUCACAAGAGAACGAAAACAAAAAAAAGGAUGAAGUUCAAGAGGACAACAAGACUAAUGAUCAUGAAAUGGAAGAUGACUCAGGAGUUCUUGUACAAAAUUUUGAUCAGCCAUUUGGGACUGAAAGUGAAAUGAAGGAUGAACUUCAUGAGGACAGAAAGAGUGUUGAUUGUGAAGGGGAUUCAGAUGUUCUUUUCCAAGACAAAGAUCCUUUGCUAAAGAAUGGAAGUGAAACAAAAAUUGAAUUUCAAGAAGAUGAGAAUAGAAACGACCAUGAAUUGGUUGUUUGCAGUGCAAAACUGGAAAUGGCUUCUGAGCCAUGCACUGAUUUAGAUAAUUAUUUAAAUGCAAACGAUGAAGAUGAUAAUGACAGUUCAGAUGAAUUGUUUUCUUCGAAAGAUGAAAGCUCAGAGAAGAUAAUAGAUGUGAAUCAUGAGUCCAUUAAUGAGAACGGACUAGUUGCCGUUAUAGGACACUAUGAAAUGCUGAAUGCUUCUGUGAAGCCAGAAACUGAAGGGGAAUUGAAUGAAAAUCAAGAUUCUUUGAUUGUAGAAGCAUCUGAUAACAAUUCUGCAUGUCUCAUGGAAACAGAAGAUACUUCAGUUGAGGUCAUGAAUUCAUUGACCCCUAAGAUACCUGAAGUUGUGGACAAAGGAUCUGAAAUGGAUUCUAUGGAAGAUGACCGUGAUGACGAUCUGCUUUCAAACGCAGACACUGAGGAAGAUUCUGAUGUGAAUGACAUUGAGGAAGAGUCAUCUGACGGCAGUGAACCAGAUGAAGCUUCGUCAUCUGAUGGCAGCGAAUUGGAUGAAUCUUCUGAUGAAUUGGAUGAAACGUCUGACGACAGUGAAUCAGACGAAGUCUCUGAUGACAGUUUCACAAGUGAAGUUCAACAAAAUAAGAGUACAGAAGAAGUCCAGAAGGCUCCACUUACUCUCGAAGCUGAUUGUGAGAUGUCACAGAGUGGGAAUGAAAAAUGCAAGAAAGCUGAUGUUGUCAAUGGCAAUGUAGUUGAAGCUGAAGAAUCAGACCCAGUCGAGACUCCAAAAUCCGCAAAGAGUAGCCCUUUCUGUCCUCUUGUUUCUGACACUGAAAAGCAAAUUUGUGACAAAGUCACAGUUGGCAUGGUCUCUUCGCCAUUUGCAGCCAACACAAUUCAGGGCCAGUUUCCUCGUCCAACGGAGUCAACACCAAGGAAAUCAUCAACUAAGAAACUGACAACAAAUCAGAAAAUAAUCCAUCCAGACAUUAUUAACAAGGAGAACAUUGACAGCAGUGGCAGAAAAGUAGAGCCUAAAAAGGAUAAAAUGAAGAAGAAAAAGGAGGCUGCUGAUGAAUUACGUGAAAAGAGCCUAAGAGAGCUAAGCAAGAUGUUGAAAGAAACACUAGAGAUUACCAGUAAGAAGAACAAUGAGAGUAAAAAUGUCUCAAAGGUGGGAAAUAGACCGGCAUUGCAAAAACUACCAGAGAACUGUACAGCUAGAGCUGAAGCUGAGAACGAAAACUGAAAAUGCAUAGUGAAUAUUUGCCAGAAUAUAUGAAAAAGAAUGAAUUGCCCACCUUAAAAAUUGUGGUUAUUUCUUAGAUAGCCUAUAUAUGUAAAAGGGGUUUGCAUCCAAAUUCUUUGGUUUUCUUCUGUUACUUGCCUGUUUCUGAAUUUUUGCUACUGGUGAUUUUGAAUAUAAGACAUCAAUUCUACACUAUGCUUGUUGCAAUUGUCAAUUUUGUGGUUCUUUCAAUACCUACCCUAUUGUGCUUA